UCUUUUCCUCCUCCUCUGCUCUUGCUGUGUGCUGUUGUUACCGGUGGACGAUCUCCGGUUUGUGCUGCAGCAUCAUGUCUUUUCCUACCGAAGAAUAUGAUGCGAGUACUUCUUACGAUCCAUAUACUUACCAGGCGGACUAUGACAUGCACACAGGCGACCCCAAGCAAGAUCUAGCAUAUGAGCGUCAAUAUGAGCAGCAGACUUACCAAGUCAUACCUGAAGUGAUUAAGAACUUCAUUCAGUACUUCCAUAAGACCGUCUCUGACCUCAUUGACCAGAAGGUAUACGAGCUGCAGGCUAGCAGAGUGUCCAGUGAUUUGAUUGACCAGAAGGUCUACGAGAUUCAAGACAUCUAUGAGAACAGCUGGACUAAACUGACCGAGCGUUUCUUCAAAAAUUCUCCCUGGCCUGAGGCAGAAGCCAUUGCCCCACAGGUUGGAAAUGAUGCCGUGUUCCUGAUCCUGUACAAAGAACUUUACUACAGGCACAUAUAUGCAAAAGUCAGCGGUGGACCAACGCUGGAGCAGCGCUUUGAGUCUUAUUAUAAUUACUGCAACCUGUUUAAUUACAUCCUCAAUGCAGAUGGCCCAGCUCCCCUUGAACUACCGAACCAGUGGCUAUGGGAUAUCAUUGAUGAAUUUAUAUAUCAGUUCCAGUCCUUCAGUCAGUACCGGUGCAAAACGGCUAAGAAGUCAGAAGAGGAGAUUGAGUUUCUGCGCUCCAAUCCUAAAAUCUGGAAUGUGCACAGCGUUCUUAAUGUUCUACACUCUCUGGUGGACAAAUCCAACAUCAACCGCCAGCUGGAGGUUUACACUAGUGGAGGGGAUCCUGAGAGUGUAGCUGGGGAAUAUGGACGUCACUCCCUCUACAAGAUGCUUGGAUACUUCAGCCUGGUUGGUCUGCUGCGACUGCACUCAUUGCUUGGUGAUUACUACCAAGCUAUCAAGGUGCUGGAGAACAUAGAGCUCAAUAAAAAGAGCAUGUACUCCCGGGUUCCCGAGUGCCAGGUCACUACCUACUACUACGUGGGCUUUGCAUACCUAAUGAUGCGAAGAUAUCAGGACGCUAUACGUGUGUUUGCCAACAUCCUGCUGUAUAUCCAGAGAACAAAAAGCAUGUUCCAAAGGACUACAUACAAAUAUGAGAUGAUUAACAAGCAGAACGAGCAGAUGCAUGGUCUUCUGGCCAUAGCGCUCACCAUGUACCCGAUGAGAAUUGAUGAAAGCAUCCACACUCAGCUGAGAGAGAAAUAUGGCGACAAGAUGCUACGGAUGCAGAAAGGCGAUGCUCAGAUCUACGAGGAGCUGUUCAAUUACGCCUGUCCCAAGUUCCUGUCCCCAGUGGUCCCAAAUUAUGAAAAUGUUCAUCCCAACUACCACAAGGAACCUUACCUGCAGCAACUCAAAGUUUUUCUGGAUGAAGUUCAACAGCAGGCCCAGCUUUCCACCAUCCGCAGCUUCUUGAAACUCUACACAACUAUGCCAGUGGCCAAACUGGCCGGGUUCUUGGAUCUGCCUGAGCAAGAGUUCCGGAUUCAACUGCUGGUCUUCAAACACAAGAUGAAGAACUUGGUCUGGACCAGUGGAAUCUCUGCUCUGGAGGGUGAAUUCCAGUCUGCUUCAGAAGUAGAUUUCUACAUAGAUAAGGACAUGAUUCACAUUGCUGAUACCAAAGUAGCUCGGCGGUAUGGGGACUUCUUCAUUCGACAAAUCCACAAAUUUGAGGAGUUGAAUAAGACCCUCAAGAAGAUGAGCCAGAAACCUUGAAGGCAGCAGCAUUGAAUAAUAUUUUAUAAGAGCGGAAGGUGAAUUUAAAGCGGUCAGCAUCGGAGAGCCGAUAUCCAGAGACCUGAAAAACCUUUUAAUAAAAAUUAGCAAAAUACCAAGAAA